ACGGCGGCCGCGCGGACGUCGGGGGACGGGGUUCGGCCGGCCGGCGGGCGGGGGCGCGGGCGGAGCGCCAUGGGCAACCUGUUCGGCCGCAAGAAGCAGAGCCGCGUCACCGAGCAGGACAAAGCCAUCCUGCAACUGAAGCAGCAGCGGGAUAAGCUGAAGCAGUACCAGAAGAGGAUCACGCAGCAGCUGGAGCGGGAGCGGGAGAUUGCCCGGCAGCUUCUGCGGGAUGGCAGGAAGGAACGGGCCAAGCUGCUGCUCAAGAAGAAGCGAUACCGGGAGCAGCUCCUGGACAAGACGGAAAACCAGAUCACCAGCCUGGAGACGAUGGUCCAGAGUAUUGAGUUCACCCAGAUCGAGAUGAAGGUGAUCGAAGGGCUGCAGUUUGGAAAUGAGUGUCUGAAUAAAAUGCACCAGGUGAUGUCCAUAGAGGAAGUGGAGCGGAUACUGGAUGAGACCCAGGAGGCCGUGGAGUACCAGCGGCAAAUAGAUGAGCUGUUGGCAGGAAGCUUCACUCAAGAGGAUGAAGAUGCCAUCCUGGAGGAGCUGAAUGCAAUCACUCAGGAACAAAUCGAGCUCCCAGAGGUUCCUUCAGAGCCCCUUCCUGAAAAGAAACCAGAGAAAGCCCCUGUCCAGGCCAGGCCCAGGCAGGCCGACCUGGUGGCAGCCUCCUAACUCGGCCUCCUCGCGUGGGACUGGUGGGGACUCCCCAAGGACUGGGGCCCACAGAGGGUUUGGGGUGUGGCCGGCCGUGACCGGGCUCCCAGGACGGGCGCGGGGCCAGGCACCCACAGUGCUGAAGGAGCCGAGCGGCGCACACGGGCCACUGCCCAUACGACCCCAUGGACCUUUGCCGGCGCUGCUGCCUUGCUCUUUCUGGAUGAAAUGGUGACAUUCAAACCCUCUGGCCCAGUGCGGCUCCGGAGGCUGUGGCCCCCUGCGGCCAUGGCAGGCCCGACACGCCUGGCACUGGUCACACGCCCCGCCCCGGCAGGGCUCCAUCUUCUGUUGGAAGGCGCGUCACUGCUACCGCCCAGCCUUCCUCGCACCCAUCCCGCCACUCCCAGUCGUUGGCGGGGCCCCAGCUAAGAGGCCGCACCUGGGCCUGGCUUCCUCACGUGCCCAGGUGCCGUGUGGAGUCAGGCGGGAAGCCUCUCCAUGCUCUGCUCGGCGUUUUGGGGGGGUGGGCCAGGGGCGCCGAGUCCCUGCUGGAUUGACGACUCCAGGAGCCCUGGCCGCCCCUUUUCACUCGUGGGUCCCACUGAGAAGGGCCAUUACAGGACAGCCAGUGGGCCUGCUGGAGUUCCCGCAGGUGCUGACAGGACCUCUUUGUCCUUGGGACUCGCUGGGGCUGAGGCUUGGGAGCCUGCGGAGACCCAGCUGUCACAGCCGAGCAGAGGCUGUGGGCAUGGAAAUGACUUCCCUCGCUCACGGUUUGUUCUGGAAUGAGCCUGGCUGGGGUUUCACUCCAACAAGAACAAAAAGACCCUCCGGCCCCCCAAACAGGGCAGCCCACAUUAAAGUUGAUUCCCGCACA